AUGGAGGCGCACCCGGCCAGCCCGCCCGGGCGCGGGACCGUGAGCGCGGCGGUGCGCGAGCACCUGCGGAAGCUGUGUCUGCGCGAGUUCCCGUGCGGCACCGGCAGCUGGAACAAGUCACGCUUUCUUCCCCAAACUGGGCGAACAUGGAGGGAGCUGGUCCCCAGAGAGGAGGACAAGGUGAGCCCCGGGGAGGAGACCGUGGAGGCCCUGCUGGGCCUGGUCCGCAGCCCCCACUCCCCCUGGGCGCUGCUGAAGGACUCGAGUGAGGAAGACUGUUUUCUGCGAGAACUGGCCAUCCAGAACCCACUGAUGCUCAGGGACACGUUCUUCUACUCCUACUUCCGGUCCCUGCGGGUGGUGGACAAGGAGGUGAGCCAUGUGGAUAAAGACCUCUUGAAGUUUCGAAAGCUGGAGGAGUUGGUUCUGAGCGCCAAUCAAAUCAAGGAGGUUGAUGCCGCCAACCUGCCCACAACACUCAAGGUGCUGGAGCUCUACGGCAACGAGAUCAGCAGCAUGGAGUGUCUGUGCGCUCACCCACCCCCACGCCUGCAGCACUUGGGCUUGGGCCACAACAAACUCCAAGGCCCUUUGGAAAGUCUGUACCUCACCUCCAAUCACUGGCCCAACCUCGUCUCUCUGGACCUGGGCUUCAACGACCUGACAGACCUGCAGGGCGUGAUGGUCAACCUCAGGACCCUCAGGCAGCUGCGGCUGCUGGUGCUGCAGGGGAACCCGCUGGCGCUGGUGCCCUACUACCGCGGCUUCACCAUUGACAGCCUGUCCUGGCUCUGCGUGCUGGAUGACAUCACCGUGUCCCCCCACGAGAAGCAUCAGUUCCUGGGGCUCAGCCUCAGUGGAGAUUUCUUGACACGUGAGGCGCAGCUUGUGGUGACCAUUGGAAAUGUCACAGGGGUUCUGGACACCUCCGUCUUCGACCCGGAACCAGGGCCCGAAGGCCCUUUCAUCACCUACAACUAUUACGUGACCUACGAUUUUAUGGAAGAGAAGGAAGGCCAAGGGGUCGAGUACGAGGGUGUGCUGGCCAAGAUCGUCAAGCCUUCUCCCAGCCCGGAAUUAUUUGUCGAGGACUUUGCUGAAGAGUUUGUGGAAGAGGCCGAAGAAGAGUCUCCAGAGUCUGGGAUGGCCGACUCGGGAGAGUCGGAGUCGACCCUCGUCUCCGCUGAGUCGGCUGCCGUGCCCAGGUCGAUAGACUCCGCGCAAGAGUUGGCCAAGUUGCGGCCUUGUGUGGAUCCCCGGCUCUUCCCGUCCCCAGGGACCAUCCUCUUCAGCACCGCCCACAAGCCCUGGGCUCAGGUCAUUCCCUGCAACUAUGAGAUGCAGCACACCCUCAAGGACCUGGUGUUGCUCAAGGCCUUCCUGCUGACGGGGACCACUGUGACCAUCGUGGAGGAGAAGAUCCUCUCCUGGCCGUUAAGGCCGCCUGCUGUCGACAGCUCCUUGCCUGCCAAGCAAGGGAAAGGGGAGAAAGACCAGAAAGGGAAGAAGGAGAGAGGGAAGAAGGGGAAGGACAAGGAAGGGAAGGAGGAGAAGGAGCCUGCCAAGGAACAGAGGGUGCCCAAGAAGAAGAAAGAGCUUCCCAAGGAGCUCCGCCAGGACGCGCCCAUCCUGCAGGUGCUGGGCAGCGGCUCGGUGGUCCUGGAGCCCCUGCUCUCGGGGGAGCCCACGGUGUCCACGGUGUGCAACUUUGGGGUGAUCCGCACCUUGGAAUCCGAUAAGCUGACGCUUGCCAGGGAUUUGAAGAAGCUUAAGAAAGUUGCCAAAAAAGAAAAAAAAUCCCUGGCUCCAGUGUUCGAUGGCGACUACUGCCCGGAGCCGCUGACGGUGGAGGUGCAGGUCCAGCUGAGCCAGAGCCGCUCGGCCUCCGAGGCGCUGCGCGCGUCCGCCGUGUAG